UAUCAACUCUGUCUCUCUGUUUUUCUCUAAUCCUAAUGGCGGAGUUGGCUUUGCUGACAAUUUCCAUCAAAACAGAAAGCGGCCAAAGCCCAGCAGCGCCAUAGCCAUACCGCAUUCUAUCUGCUUUCUUCUCCAAUUUCGUUUUCUCUCUCCGAUUCCUCGUUUCAGAUAUUAUUGAUUGCGAUAGAAGCGUGCGAUAACGGGGAGAUAGAUAUGGAAAUUGGUUUUCGUGUUAGGAAAUUUGUAGUCGUUUCGAUUAGAAUUUACUGCCGAUCAGUUCGUAAUUAUCCAUUUCUCUUUGGUUUGCUGUGUCUUUUGAUUCUUCUGUAUAGAUCAUGUCCUUUUUUGUUUUCCAUUUUGGUGUCUGCGUCCCCUGUUUUGAUUUGCACGGCUGUUCUUCUUGGAACUCUUCUGAGUUUUGGGAAACCUAAUAUUCCUGAAAUCGAAACGGAGGAGGUAGCUUCUUUGAAAUCUGGAAUUUUGGAUAAUGCUACUGUUCUUACUAAGGAGGAUGAUAGUUUUACUGUAGAGAGACUUGAUGGAGUUAAAGUAGGGAAUUCUUAUGUGGAAAGUUCUGAAGAAGAUAGGAAAACAAGUACGCUUGAUGAACAUGCUGAUUUUCUUGACUUUGUUCCGGUGAUCCAUGAGCGCGAUUUCGAAAUUCAAUUCAAGAGGGGAGGAGUUGAGGAGUUCAAGAAGAACAAAGUUGAGGAGUUCGAGAAGAACAAAGUUGAGGAGUUCGGGAAGAACAAAGUUGAGGAGUUCGGGAAGAAUGAAGUUGAGGAGUUAAAGAAGGGUGAAGAGAGGGAAUUGCCUGUUGGUUCGGAGUUAGAGGAGAGGAGAGAAAUUUUCGAAAGGGAUUUCGAUAUUAAAGGUUUGGCAACGGAUGGUGAAAAAGCUGUUGAGGACCGGCUUUUGGCGGCCGAAAGCUUAAGAAAUGAGAUUAUUGAAGUCGAAGAUCGUAACAUCUCAAGAGAACCUUUUCAUAAAGGAGAUAAUCUGAACUUAUCACUCAAUGAUAAAGAUGUUAGUGAUGAAAAUGAUUAUGGUUCUUCGGGUUCUGAGUCUGAUAGAGCGGAAAGUUCCUCACCCGAUGCCUCAAUGGCUGAUAUCAUGCCGUUGCUGGAUGAGUUACACCCGCUCUUGGACUUGGAAACUCUGCUACCUGCACCACGGUCGAAUGAGGAGUCUGAUGCUUCUUCAGAACAGUCUCGUAAAAGUGACGGUGAAUGUGUGAUAUCGGAUGAUGAGGCUGAAAACCAGGGAGAAGAAGGCAGUGCUAUUGAGCAUGACGACAAUGACGACGACGACGAUGAGGGGAUGGAUGAAGAGAAAGAGGAUGAGAGCAAAUCCGCUAUCAAGUGGACUGAGGAUGAUCAAAAGAAUCUUAUGGAUUUGGGAAAUUUAGAGCUAGAAAGGAAUCAGCGUUUGGAGAAUCUCAUAGCAAGGAGAAAAGCAAGAAACAAUGUGAGAAUGUUGGCUGUGAAGAAUUUGAUAGACUUUGAUGGUUUCGAUAUUCCUGUAAAUGUACCACCCAUAUCUACAGCUAAACUCAACCCGUUCGAUCUCCCUUAUGAUUCAUAUAACAAUAUGGGAUUACCACCAAUUCCCGGGUCUGCUCCAUCCAUUUUGUUGCCAAGACGUAACCCGUUCGAUCUCCCAUAUGACCCUAACGAAGAAAAACCAGACCUCAAGAGUGACGAUUUUGAACAUAAAGAUAUACUCCGAAGACAUGAAAGUUUCAGUGUGGGCGAUUCAAGCUUUGCAGUUCCCAAGCUAGAGCAGCAAAAUAUUAGAUGGAAACCGUAUUUCAUACCCGAAAAAACAGCUGCCGAAGGAACGAGCUACGCUCAAUUAGAAAGACAAUUCAGCGAAGUCAGUGAAUCAAAAUUGAGUUCUGUUUCUGAUACUGAAUCAAUGAGUUCCAUUGCAGAUCAGGAUGACAAGAAGCCUGAUGAAUCACAAUCUUUUCUGGAAACAACAGCAGUUUCCUACCUUGACCCAAUGGCCAGUGAGCUUGGAAACGGGUCGUGGGAGGAUAUCGGCUCUGAAGAUUACAUACAAGAAGAUAGAGAUGUUCAUCAUGAAGUGAUCGAGAUAACUUUGGGAUCUACCGAGAGUCGCUUCGAAAGCCAAUCUGGAUCAUCGGAAACUGGAGCUGCGGAUACCCCAGUGGAGAUUAAUGCUACUGAAAUUCACUCCAAAAGUUUAUUAAUUGAAACAGAUUACAGCAGCAAUUCUAGCAUGUCUUCAUUAUUAGAAGAAGUAAAUGAAACAUCAUCUCAGGCAAAAAAAGAUGAGGCGAGACUGAGUAGCUCUCGUGUAAAGGAAUCUAGUGUCGAGACUACUAGCACAUCAUUGCCGACUGCCCUUGAAGAAGAUGCAAACUUCAAGAUUGCCUGUGACGUGCUGGAUGACAAUCACAAUAAGGAGUCUCUUUAUGAUUCGAGCCCUUCAGCGGAAGGUAAGGACUCCGAGGUACAUUCCGAAAUCGAACAGGAUGCCACUUCCAGUUUGAAAGAUAUGCAUGAUGCCUCCGCAGAGUUACAUGCAGUUGAUAAAAAUGAACAAGAGUCGAGAGAAGAUUCCGAAGUUACCGUUCAUUUGCCUACCAACACAACGAGUCAUGUGGACCUCGAUCACUUGGUUGGGAUGGCAGAUCCGAUAGCUACUUCUCGUGACCAUUUGACUACCAAUGCAACUAUUCUUGUAUCGCAGGAACAAAAUAAACCUACGGCGAUGGAAGAACAAGUCUUAUUGAUAUCAUCAAGUUCAACAUUUCCAUCUGAAUUGGAGCAAGUGGAGGAGUGUUCAAUGAAUGAGAAAGAUGUUAGGUUCGAACAAGAUUUUGUUCGGGCCUUGAGUGUCGAAUCACACAAAGAGAGUGCCCUGCAAGAUCUGGAUAUUAAAAUUGCCUCUUCAGGUUCUAGUUCUCCGAAUGUGACUCGUGAAGUUAUGUCGUCUGCUACUCAAUUCGAGCAGUCGUGGUCAGACAAGCCAAUGGUUGAACCUGUGAUUGGUCACCGCGAUGGUUUUGAGGAACGAGGUUCUUUAUCGACGGAUUCUGCUGCUGAAGUAAACUCUGAGAACGUAGCACCAAAAGUUCAUCAAGACAUUUCAACAGCUCUGUCUCUUGUAGUAUCUGAUUCCUCAUCAUCUUCAUCCGACCACGACUUCAGACCACCCUAUGCUGCAAGGGAUAAAAAAGAUGGCAUUGUUGAUCAAGUUGUAUUUGAGGAUCAUGGGGAGGUCACAAAGCAUUUGGACUAUCCAACAGAAGUAUAUGAUUCUCAUUUUUCGGAAAAGACGAUUAGGGAAGAGGUCGAUGAAAUAGCAUAUAUUGAUGAAGGGUUGCUAUUAGAAUUGGAUGAAGUUGGGGAUUUCAGCGUCAAAGAAGUCGGAGAACCAGUCCGUAACGAAAAGGUAAUACCAGAGGAAGCUCAAGCAAAGAGACCAACCGAAGCUAAAUUAGAUAUACCGAUUCUCGAAGCAAGAACUCUUGAUGAUAUCAACUUAGCUUUUAGGCAAGUCCAUGAAGGAGUAGACGUGGAGGACGUCGUUCUUCCGAGUGCUACCGAAAGCCAACUCAAGAAAGGAGCCAUAUCCGAAACAAAUUCAAAUUUGGAAGUCGUUGAAGCAAGAUCUCUUGGAGAUAUUCAUGUUCCUUUGGCACAAGUAUCAGAGAAUAACAUAGUUGAAUCAAGUUCUAGUUCCGAACCCGCAGAAACUGAACCGAAUUCUAGUUCCAAUCCUACCGAAACUAAAAACGAAGCCAAACCCGAAACGAGUUCAGAUUUUGAAGCCGUCGAAGCAAAAUCUCCGGGAGACAAUCAUGUUGCAUUGAUGCAAGUCUCAGGGAAAACCAUGAGUGAACUUCCAACAAGUUCUGUGUCAAAUGAUCCAUCAAAGGAAUCCGAACAAGCCGGAGCAGAUUCUAUUACUGCAAUUGCCUCACCAAGCACGACGGAUGCCGAAAAUCCGAAGUCGAUGCCGGUAACCCAGUAGAUCGAAACGUGACUGCUACCAAAACCAAAGACUAGAAAGAAGGCAAAGUCUGGAUUGAGGUAAUUUGGAGGUUUACCUUCUUAUUUCAGGAUUUUCAUUUUUCUUGUUUGGAUUCGUUUUCCAGUUUGGUUGCCUUAUCCUGUUGUGUUUUUGCUGUGCAAUGUUUUGAAAGUGAGUUGUGGCUUGAGUUCUUGAAAUUUUACAAGUUUCCUUUAGAAUUUAUCCUUUGUUUAAAUCUGUACGUAAAAGUUUUGUUGAAUUCUUUUAUGAAUUGUUUGAAUUUGAUGUUUAUUGAGUA